CCCCGGCCCGCCCCCGCUCGCGCUCCGCGUCGCCCGGCGCCGCAGACACUCGCCCCGUCCUCCGAAUCCGCCGCGGGCGCCCCGCCGGGCGCGGAGCCCAUGGAGACCACGCGGGGCGAGCCCCCCGAAAGCGGCGGGGCCGAGGCGCUGCUGGGCGAGCUGGAGGCGCUGGUCCAGGACGUGGUGAGGAAGAGCUCGUGGUGGGAGCGCCACGGCGUGGACUGCGCCAUCCUUGCGCUCAGCCUUCUCGCCUUGCCCGCAGGGUUCCUGUGCCUGCGAUCUGAGAAUGUCCUGACCUUUGCUCUGGGCAUCGCCAUCCUGGGGGUGUGCCACUACACACUCACUGUCAAGGGCAGCCAUUUAGCCACGCACGGGGCCCUCACCGAGUCUAGACGAUGGAGCAAGAUCUGGGAACUUUUCUUUGUGGAGGUGUGCACAGCCUUCACCGCGGAGUAUGCCAAGUACGGACAUGUCAAGAUGCACCACGGCUACACCAACGUGCUGGGCCUGGGGGACUCGAGCACGUGGAGGCUGCCUUGCCUCAACCGCUAUGUCUACAUGUUCCUUGCUCCUCUCUCAAUCCCCAUCAUAACCCCUCUGGUGGCUGUUGAGCGCCUAAGAGAGGUGGAGCUCAGGACAGCUCUGCGGACACUGGCCCUGAUUGCCCUGGGCCUUUAUUCUCACUACUGGCUGCUUCUGAACAUGUCUGACUUCCAGAGUCCUGGCUCGGCCCUGGUCUGCAUGCUCAUUACCAGAUCUCUGCUGGCCCACCCCUACCUCCACGUCAACAUCUUCCAGCACAUUGGGCUGCCCAUGUUCUCCCGGGACAAGAAGCCCCGACGGAUUCACAUGAUGAGCCUUGGUGUGCUCAACCUGCCACGGCUGCCUGUGCUGGACUGGGCGUUCGGCCACUCCAUCAUCAGCUGUCACGUGGAGCACCACCUCUUCCCCAGGCUCUCGGACAACAUGUGCCUGAAGGUGAAGCCCGUGGUGUCUCAGUUCCUCCAUGAGAAGCAGCUGCCAUACAACGAGGACUCCUACCUGGCUCGCUUCCGCCUGUUUCUCAGUCGCUACGAGGAGUUUAUGGUGCAGACCCCUCCCAUCACUGAGCUGGUGGGGCUGCAAUGAGGGGUGGGCUGGCACUGUCACCCUGUGCCCCCUCCCCGGCCCAACCCUGGCUUUCUUGCUUCUGUUGGCCAUGUCUGGGGCCCUUCCCCGGUGGGUGUGCUUGGUUGCUGGAGCAUGGAGGCCCUGGGUGGGCGUCAAGGCAGAGAGCUCCGGGUGACUCCCCUGCUUGUUUCUCUGGGUUUUGAAGGAUGUGCGGAGGAAAGGAAUAAAGGUGGCUGGACAUGCUGGUGACUCUGGACCUUGGUCAACUUCCUCUCAGGACAAAUAGUCAAAUUUCUCCCCUGCUCUGUCUGAACCUUGGUAGGGCUGAGGGAAGGUGAUGGGAUAAGGAGAGGCCUUGUGCAGGGGGCGGGUUAGGAGAGAGAAGGGCCAGCCCCUUAGCAAGAGCCUUCCUGGUGCCAGGAGAGCCCCACUUGGUUGGCCACUGCAUCUUCCUGUGCCCUUUGAGGCUCUGUCCCUUAAGGACCCCUCUCCCCAGGGACCACAGGGACCCUCUCCCCAGGGACUACUGCAGACCUUCCUAGUUUCUCAGCCAUAGAAACCUGUUCAAGACACUGGCUCAGCAGCAGCCAAGACCCACAGUAUCAGAGAGAGACAAAGUAUGUAUGUUCUGUGGGGAAAGCACUCCAGGGAAAUAAGGGAAAAAAGAAUAUAAACAGCUUUGAGCAUGACCUUGGCUAGCUCUAGAAAAAGUCUGCUUUGUUCUAUGAUGUUUAGAAAGGGUGGACCUAGAAUAAUUACCAAUUGAGAGAGAGAAAACUUACUGGAAGCGUAGCCACGGCUGCAGGGAGGUGAUGGGAACUGGGUCUGUGGGACAAAUGGCCUUAGAAGGGAGAGGAAGGAGGGUGGAGUGCAGACAUGAGAGCUUGCAGUCAAGGACUGGGCUUGGUUGUGAAGGAAUCUGCAGCCUAGGACAGGUGGGAAUAUAGGGGAACUAACGAUGCCAGCCAGAGGAGGGAGCCAGGGUGCUGGGGGACACACUGAGAGUCAGCCACAGUGGGCAGGCUAGGGAGAGGGCUGGGAGGCGCUGGAUGAGAGCAAGCAAGGAAGGGCCCAGCUAGGGGCAGAGCGAGGGAAAGAGAAGGAGGCCAGGCAGUCUGUUUGUACGAGGGUUUCUUGUCUCAGCCCCACUGACAUUGUGGCUGGGUCAUUCUUUGUCACUGGGGCCUGUUCUGGUCACAGUAGGAUGAUUAGUUACAUCCCUGGCCUCUACCCACUAGAUGCUAGGAGCUCAAGUUGUGACAAUCAAAAAUGUCUCCAGACAUUGUCAAAUACCCCCCAGGGGGCAAAAUGCCACCAGUUGAGAGUAUGCAAGCCAUGUUCUGAGUGCAUAACUGCUUUGUUUUUCAGUGAAGUCCCUGGGCAGGGUGGAGGGCAUGCUGACCCUGAUGGUAAGGAGGCUAAAGGCCAGCUAUCAGGAUAGGCAGAGGGGUUAGAUGACAGGGGAAGGCAUCCUCUGAGCCUGCUCCUGUUGGAGGACCCAUCGUGGUGUGCCUCUGUAGGAGAGCUGCCAUUUGCCCCUCCACACCCAUGCCCCACUCUUCUCCAUCCUGCCUUCCUCUACCAAUGAGCCCAGCUCCAGUGCAGCGCCCUCUCCUACAGCAAAAACUUUCACUACUUCCGAAACAGCUCCCCAUUUUUGUUCCUUCAGGGUCUGGGGUGGUGGUGGCUUCCAGCUGCUGCUAGCCCAGGGGUGCUUCACCAUUCCCUUAAUCCUGCUCGCACCUCUGCACAGAGUUCCUUCAUUAAACUCUCCUCAGUCAGCCCCUUUGAAUAUGCCACCUGUUUCUUGCUGGGAGGCUGAGAGUUUUGGAUCCAAGCCCCUCUUGAAACAAGGCAGACUUGGCAGCCUCCCCAGACUGCUGUUUUGCUAUAUGUUAUUGCUGCUUUUUUGAAAUGCAUUAGCAGCUCAGAAAUGGCCUUAAGAUCUGGGGCUGUGAUUAAUCAAACUGCUAAUUCUCCACAUGAAAAAUGCAAUGUCAGAAAAGGCCCCACUGCAUAGUCCUGGCUAAUGAUUAAAACCAUCUUAAUACAUAACCAAUGACUCAUUGUUAUUGAUAUGGGCCUGAGUGGAGAAUGAGCAGCAGCCAGAGGCCCUAGUACCAGACGAGGUUAUACAACAGGACCGGGGAACAAGUCACUUGAUUGCUUUGAGGCUCAAUUUUCUGUUCGUCUGAGGAUGUGGGCUGGGGAGGCAUGGGACGUGAAACGGCGAGGUGAUAGGAGUGAAUGAAGCCCUCCUGAGGCUCUGCAGAGACCUAAGGUCUAAUAUGCAGAGGCAUCUGGGAGGUUAUAUUAUUGGUGAUGAUGAAGCUAACAUUUUAUUUAGAACUUAAUGGCAAAUUUUGUACGUACAUCAUCUACUUUUAAUUUUGACAAGUUUGUACUGUUUGUUCCCUCACGUUACAUAUGAAGAUAAGCUUGGAGAAAUUUAAUUUCUCAAUGUCAUAUAACUAGUAAGUGGCAGAAGGAUUCAAACCUGUAUGUCCAACUCCACAAUCCAUGCUCUUAACCACCAGACAUAUUCCCUCUGGGUGGAGAACCCUAUAGGCCUUUCUGGGGGUCUGAGCCUGAAUCUUCUUUUCCCGCUGCAUGAAAGGCUAAUAGAUGACUUGAUCAUUAAGACAAAUUCUUUAUGAACAUCCUUUGUGGGCCAGGCACUGUGCAAAGCUCUGGGGAUGUAAGAGUAAAUGAGAUUGGACCCCAGGCUCAUGGAACUUACAGUCUGGUGCAGGGGUUGAGAAACGUUUUCUGUAAAGAGCCAGAGAGUAAAUAUUUUGGGCUUUGUGGGUAAUAUAUAUGGUCUUGGCCAGAACUACUUACAGCACUUUGUGCCGUCAAAGUGUAAAAACAGCUGUAUGUGAUAUGUAAAGAAAUAAACAUGGACAGUGUUCCAAUAAAAUGUUUUUGAACUUUAUGUAAUUUUCACAUGUCACAGUAUAUUAUUCUUAAAAAAAUGUUUUUUAAACCAUUUAGGAAUGUAAAGACUAUUAGCUGUGAGCAGUACAAAAACAGGUGGUGGGAAGGAUUUAGCUUGCCAGCCAUGGUUAGCCUAGUCCUGGUCUAGUGGGACAAGCACAAAACACAAUACUUAUUAGAAAUCAAAACAGUGUUUACUUCUCAGUGGGAGGGAAGGAAGUGACUAGGAGGGGCACAUGUUCUAUUUCUUGAUCUGGGUAGUGGCUACAUGGUAUAACACAUCAAACUGUAAACUUAUGAUUUGUGCCGUUCUCUGUUUUGUUAUACUUCAAUAAAAAAGAUGAUUAGAAAUGA